CUUACUUUCAACGAUUAACGUAUAAUUAAAUGGAGAAAAUAAUACCAGACGUUGUGGACACAGUUCCCAAUAAUAUAAUCAAGAUUCACUAUCCGAGUGGUGUUGACGUAAAUCUGGGCAAUGAAUUGACGCCACUGUCUGUCAAAGACGAGCCCACAGUCCAGUGGCCCACAGAAGAGGGCGAAUACUAUACACUGGCAAUGGUUGAUCCCGACGCCGGUGAGUUUGCACAGGUUAAGCAUUGGCUUGUUGUUAACAUAUUAGGCAAUGACGUGUCCAAAGGGGAGAUUUUGGUCCCGUAUGGGGGUUCGAGACCACCCAAGACUUCGUUGAAUCGGUAUAUAUUUCUUGUGUACAAACAAUCGGGUCAUUUGAAACACACGGAAACACCGAUUGCCAGCGGUUCCCGAGUGGGACGAAUCAAGUUUAAUAUCAGACAAUUUGCCUUCAAAUACAAUUUGGGUCAACCCUUUGCCGGCAAUCUAUAUCUGGCCAAAGGAGACGAGUAUUCAGAACAAUUGAGAGCUCAGCGUUUGAAAGAACAACAGAAA